CCUCAGCGGUUUAAGGGCACGGACGGCGCGGAGAAGGCAGCCGAGAAGGCGAAGCCCGCUAAGGCAGAGGAGGCUAAGGGGAAAGCGGCGAAGCCCGAGGAGGCCGUGGAGGAGGGGCCACCAAAGUAUACAAAAUCAAUUUUAAAGAAGGGUGAUAAAACCAACUUUCCGAAGAAAGGAGACACUGUUCAUUGCUGGUAUACAGGAAAACUACAGGAUGGAACAGUCUUCGAUACCAAUAUUCAAACAAGUUCAAAGAAGAAAAAAGCAGCUAAACCUUUAAGUUUCAAAGUUGGCGUAGGAAAAGUUAUCAGAGGUGUAAGUAAACCAUUAAUGACUCCCUCAAAAUCCAAAAAGUUUUCAGUCUGCAGGAUUUAUGACCGGGGUGCAAAUUUUGAGUUGCUGUUCUUGUUUCUUGUGGAG